UAGGACUUUGUUCUCUUCUAAGAUCUUGGAUUAGAUCUUGUCUUUUGAGGGCUUUGGAUUAAGCUCUUGUUAUCCGUAGAUUCGGAUUAUUUUAUCUCACGACACGUUGAAGUUGUUCCUUCAACAAAUUGUGUUGUUUCAUUUUCGUUAGCACAUCAGAGAGGUUCCUCUAAUACUUGUGCUACAUCAGUUUGGUAUCACGAGCCAGAUCUAUCGACUCUAGUCGUUAUAUCUCGGAGGAAUUAUGCAACAAGCUAUGGAUGAUCUUACAACACGGGUGAACAACUUAGAAGAAAGAUUGGAUCAACGAAUCGAUGCCCUUCAUCAAGAUCUCACUAGAAGGUUUGAAGAACUUAUUAUAUUAGUGAGAUCUAAUCAAGGUGUUGGUGCUGGGUACUAGAGAGACAACAUCAACCAAGGGGGAAAUCCGAGGCGACAACGAGUCCAACAACAUAUGGAAGAGGAAGAUGAUGCAGAGGAGGAUAAUCAUUACCGGCAACCAAGAAGACGAGAAUAUGCAAAUGGUGGAGAUAUGUACAAAAUUAAAGCAGAAAUUCCUACUUUCAACGGCAAUGCAAAUAUUGAAGGAUUUCUUGAUUGGAUCUAUGAGGUGGAGACAUUCUUUGAAAUAAUGAACAUCCCGCCUGAUCGACGAGUACCAUUGGUGGCAUAUAAAUUGAAGGGAGGUGCUGGAGCUUGGUGGAAUCGUCAUCAAGAGGAGCUACGUUUAAAGGGUGAGAAUCGUGUGAGGGAUUGGACACAGAUGAAAGCACUUUUAAAGGUAAGAUUCAUGCCGGCAGAUUAUGAACAACUGUUAUACCUCCAAUUUCAUAAUUGUGUUCAAGGUGGCCAAUCUGUUUCUGAAUAUACUGAGGAGUUCUUAUGGUUACAAGUAAGGUGCAAUCUAUUUGAAAAUGAAGACCAACAAGUUGCAAGAGAGAUACAUAAAGACCAAGAAAUCUUAUAAAGCCAUGUCUUAUUCUGCCCGAAAAAUAUAUCUAGAAAUUCUCCACGUCGCGAGGAGGUAAGGCAUAUUCCAUUUAAGGGAAAGAAAGUUGAUAAAGGACCAUCUUCUAGCAACAUUUAUGAAAAGCAACAAUCUAACCCUAUCAAGUGUUAUAAAUGCCGUGAAGAAGGACACAUAUCAAGUAACUGUCCACGAAGGAAGUUUGUCAACACCACUCGCCGUGAUGAAAGUGAUGAAGACGUAGAUGAACCUGAAAACGGAAAAGAAGCUGAAUUAUGUGAAGAAGAUGGGGAAGAAAUAGUAUGUGUGGUCAAACGUCUUCUAUGCUCAACUAUACAACCUGAAGAAACGCGAAGAAAGAAGAUAUUUGAAAGCAAGUGUACGGUGAAUGGAAUGGUAUGCAAAUUGGUCAUUGAUAGUUGUAGUAGUGAGAAUUUAGUUUCUGAAAGAAUGGUCAAACACUUGAAUCUUGAGACUCGAGAUCACCCGAAUCCACAUACUAUUAGUUGGCUCAAGAAAGGAGUGAAAAUCAAGAUCACUGAUAAGUCGUAUUCUAGGCCUUGGUUACUGUUUGUUUUCUGUUUGAUUGCGUUGAAGAUAGUUAGCGAGUUUGUUUUAUGUUUGAUUGCGUUGAAGAUAGUUAGCGAGUUUGUUUUCUGUUUGAUUGCGUUGAAGAUAGUUUCAUGCAAGGUUCAGUUGAUUGUUUCAUAUCAUCGUUCAUGUUGACCAGUAGGCAGAGUUUCGAUUUCGGUGUUUGAUUUUUGAGUUGGAAUCUUUGAUUGUGGAUCUGAGUUCAUGAGUUAUUGAUCUGUGUUUUAAUGGUGCU